CCGCGCCGCCCCGGCCCCGGGCCAUGCCCGGUUAGCGCUCCCCCACUGCGGCACACGGCGGGGCCCCGGCUGAACCCCUUCCCGGCCGCGCCGGGCCGGGCCGGGCCGAGCCCGCACGCCUCCGCCCUGCCGAGCCCGAGAGGCCCCUCAUGGCCGGCCCAGCCCUGCCCCGGCCCUGAUUUCCCUGCGCCGCCGUGACACUCCCCCCCUCGAUGCCCCCCGUCCCGGGGCCGCCCUGCCCCUGAGCCCCGGCGCAGCGGCACUUCUCCCGCAGGUGGUGGCGCAGGUGUGGGACCAGAAAGAUGUUCUCGGCCCUGAAGAAGCUGGUGGGCUCGGACCAGACGCCGGUCAGAGACAAGAAUAUCCCUGCGGGGCUGCAGUCCAUGAACCAGGCUCUGCAGAGGAGGUUUGCCAAGGGAGUCCAGUAUAACAUGAAAAUUGUCAUCCGUGGGGACAGGAACACUGGGAAAACCACACUCUGGCACCGACUGCAGGGAAAGAAAUUUAUUGAGGAAUAUAUUCCAACUCAGGAGAUCCAAGUCACCAGCAUCCACUGGAAUUAUAAAACCACUGACGACAUUGUUAAAGUCGAAGUCUGGGAUGUAGUUGACAAAGGAAAAUGCAAAAAACGAGGAGACGGUUUGAAACUGGAAAAUGACCCUCAGGAGGCAGAGUCAGAAAUGGCUCUGGAUGCAGAGUUCCUGGACGUCUAUAAAAACUGCAACGGCGUAGUGAUGAUGUUCGACAUCACCAAGCAGUGGACAUUCAACUAUAUCCUGAGGGAGCUUCCCAAAGUGCCGACUCACGUUCCAGUGUGUGUGCUUGGGAAUUACCGAGACAUGGGGGAGCACCGGGUCAUCCUGCCUGGCGACGUGCGGGACCUCAUCGACAAUCUGAACAGGCCUCCCGGCUCCUCAUAUUUUCGCUAUGCUGAGUCUUCCAUGAAGAACAGCUUUGGCCUCAAGUACCUGCACAAGUUCUUCAACAUCCCCUUCUUGCAGCUGCAGAGGGAGACGUUGCUACGGCAGCUGGAGACGAAUCAGCUGGAUAUUGAUGCAACUUUGGAGGAGCUGUCAGUGCAACAAGAGACAGAAGAUCAAAACUACGAACUCUUCCUUGAAAUGAUGGAAGCCCGAAGUCGAGGACACACGUCGCCACUAGCAACUAACGGGCAAAGCCCUUCCUCUGGCUCCCAGUCACCCGUCGUACCUCCCAGCUCCACGUCGACGGGCAGCUCCAGCCCCGGCACCCCGCAGCCGCUGCAGCCGCUUUCCACCAGCUGCGCCGUCUCUCCCGAACCCCCCGCAUCCCUCUCACCAGUGCCUGCCCCUGAGGCCCAGCAGCCGCACGCGCCCCCGCCAGCUGCAGCCCCCCCAGCGCCGCCGGCCGCAGCCCCCCCGCCCAAGCGCAGCAUCAUCUCCCGUCUCUUCGGGACAGCUGCCCCGUCAGAGCCCUCUCCUCCCCAGCCAGAUCCUGCUGCUGCCGCUCCGCCUUCCCACCCUGAAGCCCCUGCAAAAGUACAGAGCGUGGAGGACUUCAUUCCUGAUGACAGCCUGGACCACAGCUUUCUAGAAGACCCAGCCCCACAGAAGGACAAAGGGAAACAGCAGAUUAAACACCGUGUCGAUAGUGAAAGUGAUGGAGAGGUGCCCGGGGGGAACCCUAUGGUGGCAGGCUUCCAAGAUGACCUGGAUCUGGAUGACAAAAUCCCCAGCAGACCUACGCUGGCAGCAGAGCGGGUGCCCAGCAAGAAUGUCACCCUCUCCAGUGAGGAGGAGGAAGAGGACGAAGUGAAGAACUCAAAGGUCUCGCUCAUACCUGAUGAUGACAUUGACAUGGAGCAGGAAAAAAAAAGGUCUUCCAGAAAUUCUCUGAAACCACAGAGUGAAGCAAUUUUGACCAAAGCAACUGACCCUAAGCCUCCUGACAGUUUACCUCCACGUGCUGGGCCCGAAAGAAACAGUAGCAGCAAGGUGAACACCAGCCUGCCCGCUACUGCUGCCGCCACCCCAGCGGCAGCCCAGGCCCCAAAGAGCACUGCCCAAAGCAAAGGACACGCUCUCAAGCAGAAAGAGGUCAAAGAGGAGAAGCCUGAGGAGUCUGACAGUGAUCAAGAGGGACCAAUAGCUACUCAGAUGCUCUCAUUUGUUAUGGAUGACCCAGACUUCGAAAGUGAGGAUUCUGACAGCCAGAAGAAGAAACUGGAUGAAUUCCCAGUCCGGGAAGAUCUCUCUGAAAUAUCUGAUGACGAUACCUCGUUGGCAAAGCCACCCCAGCCUGUGAAAUCAACAGUCCACUCCUUUAAACUGAAAAAUGACGCAGAUCUCUUCGGUUUGGGUUUGGAAGAAACUGGUCCCAAGGAGAGCAGUGAGGAAGAUAAACAAACUUCUAAGGAGAAAAAGAAGAAGAAAAAGAAAAGCAAAGAGGAAGAGGAGAAGUCUGUGAAAAAGAAGAGCAAACACAAGAAGAGCAAAGAGAAGGAGGAGAGCAAAGAGGAGAAAGAGAAAAAGAAAAAGAAAAAGAAGAGCAAGGAGAAAAACAAUGAGAUAGAUGAACUUGAGGCUUUUCUUGGAGGAGGAGGAGCCAGCAUGAGCAAGCCACGAGGAGGUGGGGACUAUGAGGAGCUGUAGGCUGGCUGCGUGUGUGCGCAGCAGACUCUGUCGUGGCUGUCUCCAUCUUCUUACAAGUCACACCAGGACAGGUGCAGAUGUGUAAAGCUUUGGCCGUUUGCCAUAUAUUCUCUCCAAACAGAGCUGGCAAAACAAAAGCUUUACAUCUGUGUGUGCUGUUCUGGUGCAUUCGUUACACAAAGAAAAUCCAGCUGAGAUGUACUUGAGUAAGGGGAAGGUUCGGGGCACAGUUCCCAGGCCCACUUCCAGGCUGUUGUUUUUUCUCCUUCCAGAGAUGCCCUGUCGGUAGCCGGCAGGGUGUGGGGGGCAAAGGGGACCCUGCCUCCUGCUCUGCCCCUGCUAUAUUCCACUCCUGCACACCUGAAAUUCCUGUCUUGUUAAGGGGAGUGCAACAAAACAUGCCGCAUGAACUCAUUGUGCUCGCCUGUCUCAAGUCUUUAACUUUUUAUCCUUCCUAUAUUUUUUAAUGAGAAAGGUGAUACUGGCCAUUGCUCCUCCCAGCAGAUGAUGAGCUUUAAAUCAAGCAGAUUGUGCUGUGGUGCAGCUCUCGAUGACAGCAGCCACAGGGCCAGAGUGAGAGUGUGCAUGUGAUUUUGGAGUCCUUUCAACGGGACCUUUCUGCACAGCAGUUUAAUUAGCACUCACUGGUGCUGCUGUUGGAAUUCAUGAAGCCCCAUUGAUUUCCGUGGCCCCAGUGUCUCGGACACUACACGUAAGCUGCUAUGCAGUUUGGGAAAACAAUGCAAAGUGCAAAGCUAACCUGAAAAAGAGAGAAAAAAUCCGUGCUCUUCUGCAUUUCCCACUCUUGAAUUUGCAUAUACUAGAAUCCCCUCCCUUCAGUACCUCUCAGGGACAUGACUCUCAUGUGGAAAUGAAGAUAUCCAGAGCUUCAGAACUGACUCCAGGGAAGUGUUAGCAUGGCAAGGCAUUUGCUUCUCAGGCAUUUUAUGGUCACGCUGUAAAACACGGGCUGCGUCUCUGCUCUGAGGGACCAAUGUAGCUCAGACAGCAUCCUGCCCGGCCCGGCUUCUGCCGACACUGCAGCUGCAGUUCCAGGGCCAGGCCCCCCAGCAGCCAAUGUGGUGCAUCCCCCCGCCCAAGGGGAGAGCCUCCUCCUGCCCCAGGAGUUUGAGAAGUCUUUUAGUUUUUGCUUUGAACUUAGACCCGUGGGUUGGUGCCUGCUCAGUAGCAUCGGUUGCUGUUGGGUGAGCACUACAGGCCGGUCCUUCGCACUUGCCUGUGUCUCAGCCCCUGUGUUUGAUCUCUGAAUCCCCUUCUGUUUUGGUUCUGGUGUCCCUUUCGCAGCUCAGACGGUGAAGCUCCCUCAAGGAUCUGUGCGUUACGUUACCCUGUUGCUUGCAGGUUGAUUUGACAUUUGGUUUUGUUCUCUUUUUCCCCUUUUUGUUGUAAAAUGUCAACCAUGAAAUCCAAACUGGGGUUUCCUUCUACAACACUAUAAAGCAAGGUGUUCUUUUCAGCCGUUAUCCAUUUCAGAGUUCUCUAGUUCAGCAGGCAGUUACCUGCUCCAUUUUUCUUUUUCUUUCCUCCAGCCCCCAAAAUACACUUGUAACUGUUUCCCUGUAAAUCAGAUGGGGUUUUUUGCUGCAUGAGCAGUAUAUUGUUCAGGUCUGUUUGCCAUUGGCAUUUGCCUACUUCUGGGAGCAUUUCUACAUCUCAUUUGACUAUAGGGAGAUUGCAUGGGACAGUUCAAACUUUGCACGUCUGGGGAGGAAGCAGUGGAUCGGGAUGGGACUGGUGUGUGGCCUCUCCUGUGUCUGAGCUUCAGCGGGCCGCCUUCCUGAAAGCGCUUCUGUUCGGCCAAGAUUUUGGGUCAUGUUCCAUUUUGCAUCGAAAAAACCCGGUACAAUCCAUUCUGACUAUAAAGCUCUGUUGUACAACC